AUGGAACAGCCGAUUGAUACGAAUGUUCAAUCAAGUACGGAACGAGGAGGUCGUGAAAGUAGCAAUUGUUUAAAAACAGAAUAUUAUUUGAAAGUUAUUUCAAAUUUAACCACUCCGCUAAUCAUUGGCGGUUUUACAAUUAUUGCUUCUAUUCAACGGCAAAAUGUUGCUCAAAGUCAUCGUCAGAAGGAUGUUUUAGUGCGAGCGGAACGACGUGUCAACGACACAGAGGAAGCUCAAAUUCAGCGCGAACAAGAUCGUGAAAUAGCACGGUUGUUACAUCGAGAACUGACACGUUUUCAACUAGACGAUGGUAAACAAACGGCUUAUUUACAACGUGAAUUAGAUCUUCAAAUCGCUACAAAUAAACUAAAACAAGAGUGUGAAUUAGCCGAAAAGCAACGUAGUCUUUAUCGAGCUCAACGCGCCCAUGAAAUCGAAAUCGCGCAACAAAAUUCUUUGAGCAAUUUGAAACUAGAAGAUGAACGGUGGAAAGGAACGAUAUUAGUCAAAUACCAACGGGACUUAGCCAAACAAUUACUUUUCGUUGAUACGAAUGGUAAUAUUUCGCAUUUUAUACAUAUGGUCAUCUUGCAAAUGCGAACAAGAUCAGCAUUGCGACUUCUCGAUCCGAAACGUCGAACCAUCGUCGUUCAUACUCUCCAUCAAGGUGGACUGCUUGAUGUGCCUUGGAUAAAACAGCAAUCACCAUUAUUUCGUGUCAAUUGUAGCGGAGUGGAUUUCGGACCUUCUGCUGGUUAUACUACGUCCAGAUUUUUAUUGUCAUAUACUAAUCUUGACAUUGAACAAGCCGAUCUUCAAUAUGCAACAUUCCAUUCGGUACAGUUAGUAAACUCACCGACAUUUGCCUUUUCUAAUCUUGAGUAUACGGACUGGUCUUAUGCAGAGCUGGAAUUUAUUGAAUUCAGUGGUAAACUAACGAUGAAUUAUGCAAUAUUUACUAAAUCGAAUUUCGAACAUGUCACAUUCAAAAAGAUUCCGAUGAAUGGCGUUUCUUUUCAAAACAAUGUUAACUGUAACGAAUGUAUCUCUACAGAAACACCCUUGUUACACGCACUUUUCGACCAUGCUGAUAUCUAUAAGUCCAAAUUUAUUCAUUUGUCUAUGGCGGAUGCUAACAUGAGUAAAGGAAUCUUUAUUGGCAUGCGAUUUGAACAUUUAAAUCUUGACCGGGCUGAUUUUUCAGGAGCGAACCUUAUGGGAGCUGUAUUUCGAAAUGUUUCUUGGGUAAAUUGUUCGCUGGAAGGAGCUGUAAUGAUCAAUAUGACAUCGUUUAUUGAUACAGAUC